GCCCCCGCCCCCGCUCGCCCCGGCCCUCCGCCCUCCGCCCCGCGUCCCGGCUCCGUCACCUCCCGCCCCCCACACCCGGGACGAGAAUGCCCUGCCGGCAGCAGCCCAGCAGCGCCUAGAUGGCUUUGGUCACGGUCCAGCGGUCGCCCACCCCCAGCACCACCUCCAGCCCCUGCGCCUCGGAGGCCGACAGUGGGGAGGAGGAAUGCCGGUCACAGCCCAGAAGCAUCAGCGAGAGCUUUUUGACUGUCAAAGGUGCUGCCCUUUUUCUACCACGGGGGAAUGGCUCGUCUACACCAAGAAUCAGCCACAGACGCAACAAGCAUGCAGGAGAUCUCCAACAGCAUCUUCAAGCAAUGUUCAUAUUACUCCGCCCAGAAGACAACAUAAGGCUGGCUGUAAGACUGGAAAGCACUUACCAAAACCGGACACGCUAUAUGGUGGUGGUUUCAACUAAUGGUAGACAAGACACUGAAGAAAGCAUUGUGCUGGGAAUGGAUUUUUCUUCAAACGACAGUAGCACUUGUACCAUGGGCUUAGUCUUGCCUCUCUGGAGUGACACCCUAAUUCAUUUGGAUGGUGAUGGUGGCUUCAGCGUAUCUACAGAUAACAGAGUUCACAUAUUCAAACCUGUAUCUGUGCAAGCAAUGUGGUCUGCACUACAGAGUUUGCACAAGGCUUGUGAAGUGGCCAGAAUGCAUAACUACUAUCCAGGCAGCCUUUUCCUCACUUGGGUGAGUUAUUAUGAGAGCCAUAUCAACUCAGAUCAGUCCUCAGUCAAUGAGUGGAAUGCUAUGCAGGAUGUGCAGUCUCAUCGGCCUGACUCUCCAGCUCUCUUCACGGACAUACCAACUGAACGUGAACGAACAGAAAGGCUUAUUAAAACCAAAUUAAGGGAGAUUAUGAUGCAAAAGGAUUUGGAGAAUAUCACAUCCAAAGAGAUAAGGACAGAGCUGGAAAUGCAGAUGGUGUGCAACUUGCGAGAAUUCAAGGAAUUCAUAGAUAAUGAAAUGAUAGUGAUCCUUGGUCAGAUGGACAGUCCCACACAGAUAUUUGAGCAUGUGUUCCUGGGCUCAGAAUGGAAUGCCUCGAACUUAGAGGACUUGCAGAACCGAGGGGUGCGGUAUAUCUUGAACGUCACUCGAGAGAUAGAUAACUUCUUUCCUGGAGUCUUUGAGUACCAUAACAUUCGAGUGUAUGAUGAAGAGGCAACAGACCUCCUGGCUUACUGGAAUGACACUUACAAAUUCAUCUCAAAAGCAAAGAAACAUGGAUCUAAAUGCCUUGUGCACUGCAAAAUGGGGGUGAGUCGCUCAGCCUCUACUGUGAUCGCCUAUGCAAUGAAGGAGUAUGGCUGGAAUCUGGACCGAGCCUAUGACUAUGUGAAGGAAAGACGGACAGUGACCAAGCCCAACCCUAGCUUCAUGAGACAACUGGAAGAGUACCAAGGGAUCUUGCUGGCAAGCAAACAGCGGCAUAACAAACUCUGGAGGUCUCACUCAGACAGCGACCUCUCAGACCACCAUGAACCCAUCUGCAAACCUGGGCUCGAGCUCAACAAGAAGGAGAUGACCACUUCAGCAGACCAGAUCACCGAGGUGAAGACCGUGGAGAACCUUGCAGCCAUGCCUCCCGUCUUUGUGGAGCACGUGGUCCCACAAGAUGCAAAUCAGAAAGGGCUGCACACCAGAGAAAGACUCAUCUGCUUGGAGUUUUCUUCACAAGAAUUUCAUGCUGGGCAGAUUGAAGAUGAAUUGAAUUUAAAUGAUAUCAAUGGAUGCUCAUCCGGGUGUUGUCUCGGUGAAUCAAAAUUCUCUCUUGACAACUGCCAUGCAUCUAAAGCCUUAAUCCAACCCGGACAGACCCCAGAAAUGGCCAACAAGUUCCCAGACUUAGCAGUGGAAGAUUUGGAGACAGACGCGCUGAAAGCAGACAUGAAUGUCCACUUACUGCCAAUGGAAGAGUUGACAUCUCGAUUGAAAGACCUCCCCAUGUCACCUGAUCCGGAGUCACCAAGCCCCCAACCCAGUUGCCAAGCUGCCAUCUCCGAUUUUAGUUCCGAUCGUAUUGAUUUUUUCAGUGCCCUAGAGAAAUUUGUAGAGCUUUCCCAAGAAACCCGGUCCCGAUCUUUUUCCCACUCAAGGACAGAAGAAGUUGGUGGAGGAAGGAGUGAGGCUUGUCGCCUGUCAGUGAUAGAGGUGGCUCCUUCAGAGAUGGCAGCCGAUGACCAGAGAAGCAGCUCUUUGAGCAAUACGCCCCGUGCAUCUGAGGAGUCUUCGCUGGAUGAGGACCAGCCCAAGGCAGUCUCAGAGCUUGUCAGCCCAGACACCGUCAUGCCUCACUCAGAAAAUGCAGUUUCAGUCAAAGAAAUUGUCACUGAGAUUGAAUCCAUUAGUCAAGGAGCUGGGCAGAUUCAGUUAAAAGGAGACAUCCUCUCUAACCCAUGCCAUACACCAAAGAAGAACGCCGUCCUGGAGAGGGCACAAGCCCCCGACAACAAACCUGGACAUUUGGAGCAGGAAGAGAGUUUCUAUACUGUCCAGCCUGAACUAGCCAAAGACUCAGGGAAGUGCAACCCAGAAGGCUGUCUAAGCACACACGUCUCCACAGUAGACUUGGAGGAAGAGGAGCCAGUUGAGGAAGAACAUGACUGGGGCCCAGGGACACACCCUGGUGCCAAGUGGUACCCUGGGUCAGUGAGGCGAGCCACCCUGGAGUUUGAAGAGCGCUUACGACAAGAGCAGGAGCACCAUGGUACAGCCUCCACAGGUCCCACGUUGUCUAGUCGCAAAAAUUCUAGGAACGAUUCUUCUGUGGCAGACCUGAUGCCAAAAUGGAAAAGUGAUGAAACCACCCCAGAACGUUCAUUUCCCCUCAAAGAAGCAGAGGUGAUCAGGGGUAAAGGGAAGUGCAGCGCGUCUGAAGCCGGACCACUGUCCCGCUGUGAGCACAAUGCCACUGUCCCAGGCCCCGAGCUGCUGGAGGAUCAUCCCUUGCCAGCGCCUCAGGACUGCCUAGGGUCAGAUACUGGAACAAAGACACAGGAGGGAGACCUGAAGAAGCAGAGGACCGUGAUUCCAAACCAGGGGUGUGAGACACAGGCCACCCCUCACCCCCUCCCCAAGAGAAUAGAAAUCAUUGAGUACACACAGACAGUUACAUCACUUGCUCACACUGAGCCAGGAAAUGAAACAGCACCCAACAGAGAGGGUGAGAAGGAAGGCCUGAGGAAGGUGAAGGUGGAGAGGGCUGUCACUGUGUUUUGUGUCCUGGAUGAAAAUCUGAACAGGACUCUAGACCCCAGCCAGGUUUCUUUGCAUCCCCAAGAGCUACCUCUGCCUCACUCUUCCUCUGAGUAUGACAGGCCCGUUGACCCAGCCCCCAUGCUAAGAAACCCUGAAGACAAAGGGAACAGCCCAUCCCCACCUGUGGAGACAGCAGAGCCUUUGGUCAGUUGCAGUAGCCACGAAGCAUCUAUCAACUUGGAUUCUUUGCAUCCCGGGUCUGUGGCUCGCCUGGAAGGCUGCACGGAGCAGAGCAGCCCCACCGGCGUGCCAUCUACAGAGCGGGUUAGCCAGGAGGACAGCCAGCGGGGCUUCCUUUCCAGGGGCAGUGGGGCCGCACACACGUUCUCUCAGCUGAGUAAUGAAGACCGAAGUUUAAUCAACAAACUUGGUGACAAUGCGGGGGUGUUACAGCAGAAACUGGACCCACCACCCGAACCCGAAGCCUGUCAGAUCCCACACAGCUCUAGUGGUGAAAGUAUAAGAGAUCUCAGCCACAGCCCUGGUGUGGUGAAGGAGAGCACGAAAGAAGUUGAGUUUCCAGUGAUCUUCCAGGCAGGGCUCUCCAGAACGUCGCAAAUGAGGCGCUCGGCUUCUCUUGCCAAGUUGGGUUCCCUGGACCUGUGUAAAGACUACUUACCAGAAAGAGAGCUUAUCUCCUCGGAAGCCCCUCAUCUCAAAUUGCUUCAGCCCUUCCUCAGAACAGACUCUGGCAUGCAUGCCUUGGUGGCCCAAGAACACUCAGAAAGCCCAGGUGCCCACCAGAACCCACAGCCCACCAAGUAUUUUGUAGAGCAGCUCAGAACAACAGAGUGUGUCGUGCAGAGCAAACCGGUGGAGAGGCCCCUGGUGCAGUAUGCCAAAGAUUUUGGUUACAGUCCGCAGUGCUUGCUCCCCAGGGCAAGACCAGAACUGACUAGUGCUGAAGGAGGCCUUCCUUUGCUGCAGACACAGGGACUGCAGUGUCCAGGCCCGGCUCCAGGCCUGGCCGUGGCACCCCGUCAGCAACAUGGCAGAACUCAUCCCCUUAGGAGACUAAAAAGAGCGAACGAUAAAAAACGGACAACCAACCCCUUCUAUAACACCAUGUGAUCCUGAGCCUAUACACAAGAUUUUCUAAGAAAAAUGUUUGUUAAAGGGGUGGUGUAAUAAUGUAAGGAACAUGCACUUUAUUGGUUAAUUUUAUAAUAUUUUGGUCAUUUUACUGUUCCUGGCUCAAGCAGGGUUUGGGUUUUUCCGUGUGUGUGUGUGUGUGUGUGUGUGUGUGUGUGUGUGUGUGUGUGUAGAUUUGGAUGGCAAGAUCAUUUUAUCAUUUUUUUAUUUUUAAAAAAUUCAAACCUCAAAAAAAAAAAAAAACAAAACCUUUUCAAAGAGCACCUUUAUCAAACGCAGAUGGCUGCUUUUCAGCCAGCUGCCGCCUGUCUUGACUCACUUUGCCCUCUGAGGAAAGACAUGCCCAGUUGGCUGAGGGAAGGAGACAGAUGGUGGGUGUCACGGGAGCUGGGCAACUGGGGAUGCCCACCCAGGCCUGAGGCGCCCUGUGCGCUGAAGGCAGAGGGCGGCCACCGCUCACCGCCUCUCGCUCCAGCCCUCCUUUGACAUUUGUGGGCUUGCCGGUUGGGCUAUAUUUUAAGAGGCAGCUGAGCCUCCCAUUUCUUCUGAUACUCCGUAACAUACUGAUCAUUACAAAAAAGGGAGUGGCCAUUGUAGUGAUAGAGACCUCUGAAGCCGAUAAUCCUGCCCAAGAAAACAACCUGAAAAUCAAAGGGAACCCUAAGCAAAAGCCAAGGUCAUCUGCAGAGAAAUGCAUGAAGGAAGAAGGGUGAAGGUAAACAUGGAAAAGCAGCCACUGAGAAACCUCUGGGUUAGUGGAACCCACAUAGGUGGGCCCUGGCCCCUCCUGCCAGAUGACAGUCUCUGCCACAGCUUCCCAACUAAAGACCUGGAAACAGGCUUGAAAAACAGCAAAGUGGGUGUGUUCUUGUAAAAUGAACUCAUAAGUGGGGUUUUAACCCUUCAGUUACUUGAAUAUUCUGUGGGCCUUCUCAAUUUAAUGGUCAUAGUUUUCCAGUUCAUUUCUUCUCUCUUGCUGUUUGCCCCAGCCUGCCCUUUUGUUAAUUUCACAACCUAAGUGUAUGUUACAUCACGUACAUAUUGAACACAGAGACUUCUAUGUUAUCCCUGUUAACACUUGACACACAUUCCCCCAUUUUCCCGGAAGGUUUGUCUUUUCUCUACGGUUCAUACACAGUAUUUACGUACCUGUCGCCUUUUAAAUGUUUUAUGGUUAAUAUGUGGCGUCCUUUUUGAUUUAUUCUUUUUAAGGAGUAGAGUUGCAACUGGAAAACAGAAUACAGAAAUAAACUGGCAGUUGUUGGUAGGAAUUUUCGAUUGUUUUAAAUGAAAACUUGUAAUUGCCAGUUCCUGCCAAAGUAUGCACUUCCUCUUGAGAAACCCCUAAAGGCUCCCAUUAAGUCACACCGAAGGCUGAUUUUUGUUUGUGCUCCUAGGGGAGGCUGGGAGGCUGGGAGCAGCUCAGCCAAGGGCAUGCUCCCCCCCAUAGAAUGCCAUUGUGUUGUUGCUGCUGUGGCGAUCUUUAACAAUGGAGUGCCUGCUGCAAGUAAGCCUCUGAGACUAUUAGGGAAGACAGCUGACCCACCGCAGCGCAUCAGAACACAAGAGGUGUACAGAUGUGCUUCCUGCUUGCUUUGUUGAUGUCCACAUUAUGAGGGUUGUCUGGGUAGGGGCCAGGAACGUGGUUCUUAGUUCAUCAUAGCCCUAACUGAAGAAAGACAGAGAUACAGAUGGUCAGAGACAGAAUUUGGAGGGAGCAGGUAGUAGGAGACAGAAAAAGUAGACAGAGGCCACUUUCAAGUGCUCCAGUUGCCAUACAAAAGCCAUGGUUGGGUCUGACAUUACUGCCAGGAGGCAGUAGGAAAUGACGUGCUGAAAGUGUGCAGUGUAGAAGUGAUGUAUACCUGUGCAGUCUUUUGGUAGUUUCUUUAAAUGUCACAGCUUUGUGAGUUCUGGCUGUUUAUGCACUGUCUCAUUGGGUGGUGUGUGCCAGUGUGAAGGAGGUUUGGGAGGCAAGGUGACAGAUUCCAGGACUCACCUGCUAAAGAGCCCUAUGUACAAGUAUGAUGGGAAGACAGGAAAUUUUGAUAGAGUGGAGAGUAUUUGCGUGGAGGUUGAGAGAGCACAUCACCAACAAGUAGUAAUAAAACCUGGGUGUCAUGGCUCACAUCUGUAAUUCUAGCACUUGGGAGGCUGAGGCAGGAGGAUCAUUAUGAGUUGGAGUCCAACUUAGGCUACAGAGUGAGACCCUGUCUCAAAAAAAACAAAAGUGACAUCCCUGUGCCACACAUUAUCAGCAAUGGGCACCGUUCUCUCGUCUCCCAAGAUAGAAAUCUCUCUCUGCAUUUCUUAUGGCAGAGACUGAGAGAAACCCUCAAAUGCUGGGGGCGGGGGACAGGUUUCUGUUUUAAAGAAUGGAAGAAACCAUCUUCUACUGUCUUCCUCCUUAAUUACAUUUCUUAUCAUUUAACUGCCUAGGUAUCUUUCACACAGGGUCUAUAAUUCAGCUAUGCCGAAGGGUCUUGCCAGCCCUCUCAAGCCCCCACAUAUGGGUGUUCCCAAGUUGUAUUCAUGGCUAUGGUAGAUGUUUAAUAAGCUGUUGAAGACUUUUCUUUACUUCAGUGUUCGAUAAUUUCAGAUUGCCUCUUUGCAUUUCCUGUUCCUGGAAAUCACAGACCUGACUCUGAUUGGUGAACAACUCAGCAGGAAAAGCUUUAACCUGUUGACUAGUGCUUCACCUCUCGCUCAAUGCCUCGCUGUCUCUACUGUCUUUAAGACCACUGCGGUCCUGUCAGUGUGUCUAGAAAAGUGUAUAAGCACAACUGUGGGCACUUAGAUGGGAUGCGCUGACAUUUCAGUGGCUGGAGCAGACAGGGUUGGAGCUGUAGUCUGGGUAGCUAUCUGAUGGGCAGGAGAGGAAGCCAGGCGUUUGUUGGCUUUUGGAGACAGCUGCAGCGGGUGAUGUCCGCACAGCAUAGUUGAGGCACUGGCUUCUCAUUUUGGUUGCUCUUGUUCUUAACACGCCUGCUCCUGAACCCCACCCCCACAGGAUCUGUAGUGUCUUCCUGUUCUGUACCUUUGUCUCUGCUGCUGUUUCAUUCUUUCUCAUUUUGGAAACUACCAAGAGCUCCAGGGACAGCCUGGGGACACAUCCCAGGCUCCAAGGCCUCCUGCUCCAAGCUCCCAGAUGCUUCCUCAGAGGCCUCUGACACAGUGGCUCACAGGAGCCUGCACCUGAGGUUCUCAUUCGGUAAAGAUGUUCUGUGGGAGCUGGGCCUUUUCUUUUCUAAGAAAGCAUUAUGCAAAAAAAAAACGUUUUAAGGGCAUUUUAAAGAAAAGCCAUUUUUUUUGGCUCUUUCAAACAACUAUUUGUGGAUACUUUGUUUGUGAGUAUUAAAAUAUGCAUCAUUGUGGUGGCCUCAGGCACUGAAGCCAUGGCUGUCCUGUGAGUCCUCCCCCAGAGAAAAUGCCAUAUUGUCAGCCCUUGUGGAUAAGUGGGUCAAAUGUGGAGUUGAUCUCCAGCUGUGUCUGCACUCGCAUCCAGCAGUCAGUCCUUUUUCAGUGCUGGUGUGUCUCUGUAGUGAUGGUCGUGAUGGUGAAUGGGUAGUAUGGUUGUCUCUUCUUCGCUUUUUAAUGGUAGACAAAGUGACAUUUUCAUUGUUUCAGCACCAAUCCAACUUAAAAGUAUCAUGGACUUCGUUAUACCUUCCAAACUAAAAGAUCAAGCAUGUAUUGGACAUAAGUGUAUGUGUUGCCUCGACUCCUCUGGCACCCAUAUUAGGAAAAGGCCUGCCACCAAAGCAGGAAGCUGCACGCUCCUUUCCCCAGGGCUUUGGGACCUCUCGAUGCCAUGGAAUUGCAAGGUGCUUGCACUGCUCCAGUCUGAAGCGGAGGUGCCUGGGCCUGGCUUCUGCUAUGAAGAGAACCAGCCUCAUCUCAGUGCCCCAGAGAGCUAGGAGGAGAUUUCUAAACUGGAAUCAUCCCUUAUCAGCCUGAAGAGCCCCCCACCCACCCGAGGUAUGCGGCCGUGCUGUUGGCAGCCCCCUGCCUAUAGAGAGCCCAUACCCCACACAGAAAGCUGAGGAGCUGAUAAUGUUUCCUAGUCAGCAAGCCCACUGGGAAUUGUUUGGUUUUAUGUUUUAUUCAGUUGUGAUUUGCUUGGCAUAGCUAAAGGUGCCUUUCCCCGCCCCACCCUUUUUUUUUUAACUUUGCUUUGUAAGACUUGUUUGAAACCCAAAUAAGUCCAAAAGACUCGCACUGACUGUUACCUUUGCCCAGGCUACCCCAAACUUCUGUGCUCUCAUUUUAUUAAAAGCAGGUGCUCCCUGGAAUCUCUGGGACCUUUUUGAGGCAUUUAAAGCAGAAUAUAAAGAGUGGUCUCAUCUCCUUCCUUAAUCCUGGUGGUUGGGAUGUCCCACUUGUAUCAUAGUUGUUUUUAUUAUUACCGAUGUGCUCCACUGUUUUUAAAUGUGAACUUGUGCGCAGAUGUGCAGAUUAAGUGUUCUUGUUACAGAUUGAAUAAAUUUUUAUUUUGAAGACAAAA